AUGGGGUCACUACCCGCGAGUCGUAGGAAUCCUUUCGAUAAUAAGGGCAGUGACAAAGGUGAUAUUGUUGGGCUUCUGAACACGGUUGCGCAGAUGCUAACACGACUUGAAGAUGACAUUCGAACUACCGAAAUCCUCCUUGUUUCCUGGAAUGAUCCCAAUGACCCUUCAAACCCAUACAACUGGCCCAUCCGACGGAAAUGGACUUUGACCUUCAUGUCCGCUCUGAUAACCUUCCUGACAAUGAUGAAUGGUACCAUUAUGACCGUCGCACACGAUGCUGUCAGUCAACACUUCAACAUCUCUGACGCCUCCUUCCCGAACACAUACUGGCCAGUCACAUCCUGGACAAUUGGCGGUGGACUUUUCGCGCUCUUUAUAUUGCCCUUGAUGGAGGGUUUUGGCGUACGUUGGGCUUUCAUAGGCUCCUACAUUGCAUUCUUUUGCUUCGUCAUACCCCAAGCAAUUGCGCAGAAUUUUGCUACUCUCAUCGUGACGAGAUUCUUUGCAGGCGGCUUUUCUGCCAUUGUGGCUAAUACGUGUGUGGCAUUGGUUGGGAAUAUUUGGGAGACGGAACGCGCACGAACUAUUCCAGUGAGCUUGUAUAUUGUUUCAUACCUAUCAGGGCGCAGUAUGGGCCCUGUUGUCGGAGAUUCGAUCUUCCAGUUUCUAUCUUGGAGGUGGAUAGGUUAUCUACAGCUGAUAUGGUUUGGAGCCUUACUACCUAUCUAUAUCGUUAUGUUUCGGGAAUGCCGUGGAUCUACGAUCCUACAAGAGCGUGCAAAAUCUCUUCGACUGCAGGGAAAGAAUGCCUAUACACAGCAUGAGAUCGACAAAGCCCGCAAUCAGACAACGUUCGCAUCUAUCAUUAUGCAAAGCGCGACUCGACCUCUUUCAUUACUUGUGAGAGAGCCAGUGGCAUUCAUCUUCACAGCCUGGUCUGCAUUUACUAUUGGCCUACUUUACCUCUUUACGCAGUCCGUUGAACAAGUGUUUAUCGGCUUAUAUGGAUGGACGCCAUGUCAAGCAGGAUACGUUCAAGCAGGAUACGUUCAAGCAGGAUACGUUCAAGCAGGAUACGUUCAAGCAGCAAUUGUUGUUGGAGAAUUGAUCGGUUGGGCAGGAACGCUGCUAUCAGCCAGGUUUUAUUUCGCUUCUGCCUCAAGGAACACCGAAGUGCCUGGGGCGCCAAUUCCAGAAGCUCGGCUAUACAUGGCACUUGUUGGCGGCAUGGUAGGCAUUUCGGGGGGUAUGUUCGUAUAUGCUCGGACAUCCUUCUCCUUUCUGCCGUGGAUCUGUCUGGCAAUCGGCCUCGCCAUGGUGGGAGCUGGAAGCAUUGUCGUUGUUACUGGGAUAUCGGACUAUGCCGUUGACGCAUAUAGCAAGUAUGCUGGGAGUGUCAUUGCCAUCAUUGCCAUGGGCGAGAAUACAUUCGCAGGUACGCUCCCAUUGGCUACCAUGAAGAUGUAUUCCAGCCUGGGGAAUCAAUGGGCUAGCACAACAUUGGCUUGCAUUGCGUCGGCAUUUUCCAUCGUUCCCAUUAUCGUUUUUGUGUGGGGCAGGGAAAUUAGAGCACGGAGUCCGUUCAUGAGGGCAUCCAUGACUAAGAAAUGA